UUUGUCCUGAUGUUUUAGUGCAGUUCGUGUUUAUUCUGGCUGCGGUCGUUUCUAAGUGUUUUUGUAAUUAAAUAGAUAUUUAUUGCUGUAGGCAGGCGCUUGUGUCUCAGACAUGAUCGCGGCAAUAGUAUUUGCGGUUUUGAUACCUUUAUUAAUAGCGUAUUGCUAUAAAAAUGCGUAUAGUAGACCGCCGAAUUUUCCACCAGGGCCUCCAAGCCUACCAGUGUACGGUGCUUUCUGGAUAGUCCUGGCCCAUGGAUUCAAUGACCUAGCUUCGGCAUUCCGCAAGCUUGGAGAGAAGUAUAACACCAACAUCAUCGGUCUGUUCAUGGGCCCAGUACCAACAGUCGUCGUGAAUGACUCUAAGCUGAUCAAGGAGGUUCUUAACCGGGAAGAGCUCGAUGGACGCAUGGACAUCAUUCUGUUCAGGCUGAGGUCGUAUUGGAAGAAACUUGGUAUCUUCUUCACUGAUGGCUACUUCUGGCACGUACAAAGAAGAUUCUCCCUGCGUUAUCUCAGAGACUACGGGUUCGGCAGACGAGACCAUACUCUGGAGUCGGUCAUGGAAGGAGAAAUCAAGGAGAUGCUGGACCUUAGAACGGGCGGACCUAAGUACCCGGCGGAAAAGGAAAUCGUCAAAGGCGACCUGGUAUACAUGCCCUACUUCUUCUCCGUCCCCUUCAUCAACGGCAUGGUGCAGGUCCUAUCCAGGAGCACUCUCCCAAGGUCAGAGUACCAUGCCCUUUGGGCCCUCUCCCGAGGGACAGUCCUCUUCCAAAGGAGUUCCACUGACAUGGGAGGAGCCCUCUCACUGACACCCUGGCUGAAGGAUGUUCUGCCGAAUUACAGUGGUUACAAACCCUUGGUGAAAGGAAACCAGUACUUGUUGGAUUUCUAUAGGACGCUUGUGGAGGAUACACUGAAGACUCACGAUGAGACCUACGACCGCCAUUUCCUAGACAUGUACUUUACUAAGAUGAAGCAAGAAAUGAAAGAAGCAGACCGCACCACUUAUUCAGUGGAUCAGCUGGUUCUGACAUGCACCGACUACACUUUCCCCGCGGCGUCGGCUGUCGAGUUCGUGCUGGCGAUGUUGGUGGAGCGACUCCUGCUGCAACCAGAGAUCCAGGAUAAAAUCCAUGAGGAAAUAGACAGAGUUGUCGGCAGAGACCGGCUCCCGACCUUGGAUGAUAGAGUGAAUAUGCCAUACUUGGAAGCUUGCAUCCGCGAGCAGAUGCGAGUCGACACCGUGGUGCCCUUGGGCGUACCGCACCGAGCCAUGACUGAUACUAAAAUAGGGAGCUAUGAUGUGCCAGAGGGUACCAUGAUAAGCGUUAACUUAACGAUGUUGAGUAUGGACAAGGAAAUUUGGGGUGACCCGGAGAACUUCCGUCCAGAGAGGUACAUUAAGAAUGGAGUGCUGGAUGUGGCCAGUGACAAGAACUUACCCUUCGGUGCAGGUAAACCUUCUAUUCCUCCUGGCUGCUAUUAACUUCUGAUGAAUUUUGCCGCGGUUUCUAAAACAGUCGCCAUGACAGAAUGCCGAACUUGAUUGCUUAGUUUGCUGUUUGCUUUCGUUAGAAAUUUGGUAGACAAUUAGAAAAUGCUCCUUAGUAUUAGUAACUAGCCUAAUUUGAGUAAUUGUGAGAAAAACUGGAUACCAAAUACUGGUACCAGGCAUAAAUUAUAUUUCUGCUUCUUGUGGAUAAUGUGAUCAUUAGCUCUUCUAAUUGAGAAGCUUGAGUAAAAUAGAAAUACUUUAAUAGAACUAUAUGCAUAUACAAUGCAUACUUGUAGGCUAAACUACAACUGCUUGAUACGGUUGGUCCGUAGAUGAAUGACCCUCGAUUUAAUAACGAGUUCCUCCGCUUUUCGAAAGACACGGUAAGUUUUGUAUCCCAGCUUUUUUUCUAUACAUUCUUGACUGUCGUUACGGGUAGUUAGAACCUAAAAAGUCUGAUACGUCUUAAUAAGAGCUAUCGUGUUGGCCAGGCAGCUGAGUUGAGGAGGUCAGAUAGGAAGCCGGUCCUUGUAAGACACUGGUACUUAGGUGCACCGGGUAGACUGGGAGCCGACGACAACAUAGUUGGAAAAAUACUAUAAUGACGGUAAUUACACUGUAUAGAUUACUGCAAAAACCUAUCCAACGUUUAGACUAACUAUACUUCAUCGAUUAGAUACCUAAUCGGUUUAACGUGCGAAAAACAGGCAAUUAUACUGCCGUUACGCAUUAUCGCAUUAUAAAAUUUAGAUAAUUAUCUAAAUCUUCAAAUAAAUUAUGAUUAGAUUACUUUUUAUUUAAAUUGCGAUUAGAAAAGUGUUACUGUGCGGGUAGAAAUUUACGCAGAUUAUUAUGCAACAAAGCUAAUAAGGUCCAAACAAUGGUAAAUGAAAAUAAAUGAAAUGAUAAAAACAUUAGAUAAUCAUACUUUAUAAGGCUUCGAUUAUUUGUUAUUAAGGAGUUGUUCAAAUUACAAAUUCUGAAUGUUUCCCUUAAACUAGUUAUCAUUAUAUUUCUCUCAUUACCUUAAAAAGGUAAACGAUAGAUAUUUUUUGUUCUUUUCAUAGAAACAAAUAUUAACUAAAUAAACGACUGAUUUAUAUCAGUGGUAUAUUUGAUUUAGUUAUCUUUAUUGCUGCUUUGUAUUUGUUUUAGUCGCUUUUAAUUCUUAAACUAGACAAAAUGACACACCAAGGUUGUUCACCUUUAUAAAAACUUAAACAAAAAGAGAAUAGAUAGAAUCAUGAUACAUAAAAGUGAUCCUCAAAACAGAUCAGAGAUACCUAGUCGGAGAAGACAUUUUGAUCUGGGUUAUUGACUGACCUGGGGGCUUAGACAAAGUAACAAUUUAAAAACGAUAACGAAGUUCGACAAGACUCAAUGUAUGGGAUUGACAUAAGCCGCGUUAAAUCACGUGGUCAAUCGUCAUCGUUAUCGCAAGUUGGUAGACAAUGUAAUAAUCCAUAACGAAAUGAUAACGAAACGAAUUGUCAUCGCGUUUGUUCCAUACAAAUGCGUAGACAAGCAGCACUUUCGGUGUUCGUUAUUGUCGCGAUCGUGAUCGACAAAAAAGAUAA